AUGCUAUCCACCGGCUGCCGUUCCUUCCGUCGGUUAUCCCCAUAUACCACCCCGAAGGCUGCUUUCACUCGCCGGUCCAUCGGUCGCCUCUCACCCCUUGCUCACAAUGCUUGUCUAUAUACGCAAUUGAAAGCCCACAGUCUCUCUAGCCCAUCGUCUAGUACGGCUCUGCGAACAGCACAAGCCAAAUUCCGGUACAGCUCGCAAUUACAGUCACCCGCGGCUCAGCCAGUCGAGUCAGAUGGCGCAGAGAAGAACCCCGCCACUCACUAUAUUCCGCCAAAGACCGGCUUGAUCGCGUCCUUGCCGAGAUCAUGGAUUCCAUAUGCGGAGUUGGUGCGACUGGAUAAGCCCACGGGCACGUACUACCUAUUCUUCCCAACACUCUUUUCCACUCUUCUCGCAGCACCAAUGGCUGCCGGUGCGACACCACUUCAGGUCCUUGGCACCGUAGGGCUCUUCUUCUCUGGUGCUCUGAUCAUGCGGGGUGCAGGCUGCGCGAUCAAUGACUUGUGGGACCGGAACCUAGACCCCCAUGUUGAACGCACCAAAUUCCGACCCAUUGCCAGAGGCGCGCUUUCGCCGAAAAACGCAGUGCUCUUUACUGGGACACAACUGCUGGCCGGGUUGGGGGUUCUUCUUUCAUUUCCCUCUCAGUGUCUCUGGUAUGGAGUUCCUAGUCUGCCCAUCGUGGUAGCUUAUCCCCUGGCCAAGCGUGUGACCAACUAUCCACAGGCUGUUUUGGGUCUUGCCUUUUCCUGGGGCGCGAUCAUGGGAUUCCCGGCAUUGGGUGUAGACCUGCUUGCCAAUCACGAUGCUUUGAUGGCCGCGGGUGCCCUUUACUCCAGCUGCAUUGCUUGGACGGUUCUGUACGAUAUGAUUUAUGCACACAUGGAUAUUAAAGAUGAUGCCGCCGCUGGGAUCAAGUCAAUUGCCCUCCGUCACGAGCACAAUACCAAAGCUGUCUUGAGUGGUCUGGCGGCAGUUCAGGUCUCGCUCCUCGCAGCCGCAGGAGUUGCCGCUGGUUGUGGGCCUGUCUUCUUCGUGGGUAGCUGUGGCAGUGCGGUUGUAUCCCUUGGCCUUAUGAUCUGGAAGGUCCAGUUGAAGAAUGUUCGGAACUGCUGGUGGUGGUUCAAAAACGGGUGCCUGUUGACCGGUGGAGGAAUCUCCUUGGGCUUGCUGGGCGAAUAUGCCACAGAAUACCUUGGUCUGUACAAUAACACGAAGGCCUCAGAGGCCAACCUGACACAGUAA